AUGUCAGCUGUUACACAUUCUGUGCCAGGUGCUGAUCCUACGAAAGGCAUCCAGAAAAGGAGGGCCGUUAAUAUAGGGUCAGAUGAAGACGACCCAACCGGUAGUAAAUUCACUAGAAUGGAAGACGAAAACAUCCAGGACAAGGAAAGAUUUGCCAGUAGGGAGAAUCAUUGCGAAAUCGAGCGGAGGAGAAGGAACAAGAUGACAGCGUACAUCACGGAGCUGUCCGACAUGGUGCCCACGUGCAGCGCCCUGGCCAGGAAACCCGACAAACUGACAAUCCUCCGGAUGGCAGUUGCUCACAUGAAGCAACUCAGAGGUACCGGUAAUACGAGCAAUGAUGGAACAUACAAACCGUCAUUCCUUACGGAUCAGGAAUUAAAACAUCUUAUACUGGAAGCAGCCGAUGGGUUCCUAUUUGUAGUGAGCUGUGAUAACGGGAGAGUAAUAUACGUUUCAGAUUCCGUAGCGCCCGUGCUGAAUUAUUCACAAAGCGAUUGGUACGGAUCUUGUCUGUACGAUAAUAUUCAUCCGGAAGACGUAGAAAAAGUACGAGAACAGUUAUCAACGCAGGAGCCACAAAAUACUGGAAGAAUAUUAGACUUGAAGACUGGUACAGUUAAGAAAGAGGGCAAUCAUUCAUCUAUGAGACUAUGUAUGGGCUCCAGAAGAGGCUUUAUUUGCCGUAUGAAAAUAGGAAAUUUACCUCCCGAAAGUAUGACAGUAGGACACCUAAAUCGCCUUAAACAACGGAAUAGUUUAGGUCCAGGACGUGACGGUCAAAAUUACGCCGUUGUGCAUUGUACAGGAUAUAUUAAAAAUUGGCCACCAACAGAUAUGUUCCCAGGUGUUCAACUGGACCGUCAAUCGGAGGAGGACCUACACUCGUCCCAUUGCUGCCUGGUGGCAAUCGGAAGACUGCAAGUUACAUCGACACCGAACACGAGCGACAUGUCAGGUUCCAGUAGUAACACUGAAUUCAUAUCUAGACAUUCCAUGGACGGCAAAUUCACCUUCGUCGACCAACGAGUCAUAGGCUUGUUAGGUUAUUCUCCUCCGGAAUUAUUAGGGAAGAGCUGCUUCGAUUUUUUCCAUCCCGAAGACCAGACUCACAUGAAGGACAGCUUCGAGCAAGUGUUGAAGCUGAAAGGCCAAGUACUAUCGGUGAUGUAUCGAUUUCGAGCAAAGAACAGAGAAUGGGUAUGGCUCAGAACCAGCGCGUUUUCCUUCCUCAAUCCCUAUACAGACGACGUCGAGUACAUCGUAUGCACGAACACCACGGCGAAAUCGGUUCACGCACCCAGCGAAACGCCUUCGGAAACACCGGAGCACGUCAACUACCAACAACCGGGCCUCGAUUACAGCCUGCAAAGGCGCGAUCCCAUCUAUUCACACAUGCUUCCCACUACACAUAUCCAAAACGAGUACCUGCCUAUGUCUACAACAACCAGUCCGGACGAUUCCCGAUAUCCAAGACUGCUUGCGGAUCCGCAGCAGGCGACCAGACCGAGCAGUGUUCAGAACGUUUACACCACGUACGAGCCCACUCCUUCGCCCAUAGCGUACGGUUCCCCGUCUCAAGCCAGCGCCACCAGCAGCAACGCCAGCGUUUUGGCAAGGUUGAACAAAAACAACACGACGAGUCCGACACCGGCGGCGGCGGCUUGGACGCUGCGGCAGCCGCAGCAGGCGCCCGACGGGUACCAGUACAGCCAGCCGAGUCCCCGCUCGCCGGGGCCGACGUAUACGCAGCUGAGCGCCGGCCGAUCCGGCGCCAACGCGACCACGUCGGCUUACCAAUGGACUAAUUGGCAGAAUUCGACGCAGGUGUCGGAGGCCGGACCGGGAUCGUCCGGAUCGGGGCCGCCGCCUCAGCCGCAACCUCACGAACUCUCCGACAUGUUGCAGAUGUUAGACCAAGGUGGUGCCACUUCGUUCGAGGACCUCACGAUGUUCAAUACAACUUUCGAGUAG